UCUGCGCAGCCGCACUCCGCCGCCGCCGCCGCCGCCGCCGCCAAGAAGGCGCAGGACGACCACAUCAAGCGGCCCAUGAACGCCUUCAUGGUCUGGUCGCGCCUCCAGCGCCGCAAGAUCGCCCAGGAGAACCCCAAGAUGCACAACUCGGAGAUCUCCAAGCGACUCGGCGCGGAGUGGAAGCUCCUGUCGGAGGACGAGAAGCGGCCCUUCAUCGACGAGGCGAAGCGGCUGCGCGCCAUGCACAUGAAGGAGCACCCCGACUACAAGUACCGGCCGCGGCGGAAGCCCAAGACGCUGCGCAAGGAGGGCUACCCCUACUCCAUUCCCUACCCCUCCGUGCCCAUGGACGCCCUCAGAGCUGGCAUGGCGGCGAGCCAGAUGGGCCAGGUGGGCUCCUACUACUCGCCGGCGGCCGCCUACGGGUCGCUGAGCGCCGCCUCCAUGGCCGCCGCCGCUGCCGCUGCCGCCGCGCAGCAGUCCGCCAUCUCCGGGCUCUCGGCGCCUGCACAGGUGGUGAGCUCGAUGGACGCGAUGAAGUACUCGAUGGAAGCGGACAAAUACCGGUCGGCGUACAUGCCGCCCAUCUCGAUGUAUUCCGCGGACCCCAAGUCGUACAUGGAGCGUGGCGGCGGCUAUUUGGACCACACGUCGGCGCUCACCAAGGCCUACUUCGAGUCUUCCAAGAUGUACGUCGAGACCGGCCGCUACGACGCUGAGGCGGCCGCAGCCGCUGCAGCUGCGCAUCAGCGGUACGACGUGUCGAAAAUGUACGGCACGGCCCCCGAGAGUCACCCCUCGCCGCGGACGCCGACCGAGUCUCCGACAGAGAGCAAGGUGGGCGCUGCAGGCGGCCUGCUGUCGGGGGCGGUCGACCGCCAAGACGGGGGCGGGGCACCCGCCUCCUCGUCCUCGGGCUCCUCGGCGGCGUCGCCGGGUCUGGGCUACUACCACCACGGCGGGGGCGGCAUGCCCGGCCUGCUGCCCAUGGCGCAGUACAGCGGUCACUACCACCAGGCGGCGGCGGCGGCUGCGGCGGCCGCGGCCGCGGCGGCCUCCGGGGGCGGCUCCACGGGGGCCGGGGGCAGCGCGGGAGGCGGCGCGGGCUCCGUGGCCGGGGGCGGCGCAGAGUUCCGGCGGCCCCUCACCGUCAUCUUCUGA